AUGGAGGACAACGUGGUUCUGCUUGAGUUUCUGUCUUGGAUCACCCCCGGCUCCGACUGCGCCUGGUACUUCUCGGACGCCGAGCAUCACAACCGAGCAAUGCGGGUGGCCUUCAUCCAUCCAUCAUCGUACUCAACCAGCCAUGAGUGCCAUCGGCUUGUCCCGAGAGAAACCGAGAAACGCACGCAUAGCGUAAGCAAGCUGUCCACGCCACAAUUGCCCGACUCCCUAUCUCGUGUGCUUACCUGGGAGACAGGUGUCGAAAGUGUCAUGCGCGCAAGAUCAAAUGUUCCGGGGGUGUCCCUUGCUCCAACUGUGCCCAGAACAACAGCAGCAUUGAGUGUGUAUACCCCAACCGCGUACGGCGUGUCAGGGUCGAUCAAAGGUCGGAUAGCCCUCUUCUCCUACGUGCUCGUGCUGCUGACUUGGCUGUCCAGUUACAUUGACGAGCUUCUGGACGAGAUUGCACUCCUUCGACAAGCCGGCCGCCCUUUCGUGAUCAGCGACACCACACCGCCCACGUCAUCCCAGAUAGCCAAAGACCACGACGACAUUGACAGCAACAACAAUGGCAACGAAGAGACAUCUCUGCCUGACUCAGCCUCGGCUGUAGGGCGAGUUCCGCCGGCGGCUAGUGAUGCCGUCUUAGCGACGCCGGGCACAGAAAGUGGUGAUUGCCUGCAAAACCCAGUCCUGGGAAACCAGCCUUGGUUUCUGAACUUGACCCCUGAAAUGCCACUUCUAAUAGGGGAGGCCACAGACGUGGCUUUCGCAACUAGAUUCCGCCAAGAGCUGUCGGGAGCUUCGCAAAACCAUCUUCCUCGAGUCGACUAUGUGCAGGACGACAUAAUCUCUUCCUUGGGGGAAUCAAAGCUCAGCUGGCCCACCCCCUCGAGGGCCCGUUUCCUACUCAAAGUCUGUUUCAACACCGUGUGUCGGCGACACUAUCUUGUACGUAAGAGCUCAACAGCGCAACUCUUAGAGGAGGCGAUUCGUAACCCCGCAGCCUGUGACAAGCUAUCGGUAUGCAAGCUGUUCGCACUCUUCGCAUUGGGAGAAAUAUACUCCACAAGGACUUGCAUAUCCGGGGACACUUUUCCAGGGAUUCUAUACUACCUAAGUGCUUCCCGAAUGCUUAGUGUCUUAAGCGAGCAACCCCGGAUUGAUUGUGUCGAGAUCAUGAUGAUGCUUUCUAUCUACUCUCUCGCCAUGAAUCGUCGACACUCUGGUUACUGCUUGGUCGGCUACGCUGUCCGGUUCAGCAUUCUCAUGGGCCUUCAUCUGAACGUUCCACGAACCCAACUUCCGAGUUGCGAAUUACAUGAGCAUCGAAUCCGAAUAUGGUGGACCGUGUACAGCCUGGACAGACUUUGGGCAUGUAUGCUUGGCAAGCCAGUGUCUAUUCAAAACGAGGAUAUUGAUGUCAAUCUCCCUUCGAAAUCAGACUUAUUUGCUGAGAGCUUCGAAGAAGACGUUGCCGAUGCUGAUUAUCUUACGGCAAGUCUUCGUAUAGCCAACUUGGGGGCUCAUAUAACAGCAUCCAUAUAUGGUCGAAGAACCCACGAUAGUCCCAUAUCUCGUCGAGUUCAGCAGGCGCUGCAGGACCUGAGUACUUGGUUAGAACAACUUCCCGGUCCUCUUCACGUAGCCCUGGACCAAGUACUGCCAAACAGUGCAAUGCCAAUGAUCACGCUGUUUGUCUACUUCAACCAGUGUCUUAUUAUAGCAUCUAGGCCUGUUCUACUCCAUACGCUUCGACAGUAUCGCAACUCGCGCGAGCAAACCACGGCCGCUACUACUACUAUCCUGCCACCAAGCGAGACCGCCCUUUCUCUCUCGGAAACAUGCAUUAAAUGUGCGCGGAGAUCCUAUCGCAUCCUCACCGAAUCUUGGAUAAAUGGAGCCUUUCCGACAUUCGACUUUACGUUUACGCAGUACUUGUUCUCCGCUUCCACCAUUCUCGCCAUGUCUAGCCUUUUGCAAGGCAGCCAGUCACAGACUGACGGCGAUGACUUUGAGUCAGCCGGCCAGAUAUUGAAACAACUGAGCGACAAUGGGAACUAUUCAGCAAAAGAAUUCUGCAGGCACAUUCGAGCGACCGAAUCGGUUCUUGAGAAGUAUCGCAUUGAAAGAAGCCAAGUCCCCGAUGACCAGCAUUCUCAACUCAUUGCUACUGUAGCUAAUGCCACAUCUUCUUCACUGUCAAGCUCUCCCAACAAUGCCUUGGCGGGAUUCUCUGGUUCCUCAUUUGCCGAGUCCCCAUUACACGGCUUUCUCUCACAGCGUGACGCGGACUUUCAGUUUCUUGACUCAGCUUUUGUGGAUGAUGACUUCCAGUCAUUGUUUUUUCUUGAAGACAGUUGGCCCAGCAGAUAA